GUCAGUUGUACUUCCUGUUGAUGCAAAGCUUCGGUAAAUGGCGGGUAAAUCGUGAAGGAACUUUUGAACCAGUUUUUAUUUUCGCUAGAACGAAACAAAGACUAGCUUGUAGUAGGCUUCCUGUGAACUUCACCAUAUCUCCGACAAACGGCCGACGCAGUAAUGGCGUCUAAAAGAGGCGCUCUAAUUGUACUGGAGGGGGUGGACAGAGCCGGAAAAACGACGCAGUGCAAGAAGCUGGUUCAGGCGCUGCUAGAGAACGGCCGCCCGGCGGAGAUGAUGAGGUUUCCCGACAGGAGCACAACGAUUGGACAGCUGAUCAGCGCCUACCUGGAGAAGAAGAGUGAGCUGGAGGACCACACUGUGCACCUGCUUUUCUCUGCCAACCGCUGGGAGCUGGUGCCUGUAAUGAAGAAGAAGCUGGAGCAGGGCAUCACUCUGGUUGUGGACAGGUACGCCUUCUCCGGAGUUGCUUUUACCAGCGCCAAGCCAGGCUUCUCUCUCGACUGGUGCAUGAAACCCGACGAGGGGCUGCCGAAGCCCGACCUAGUUAUGUUCCUGCAGCUGAACCCUGCCGAGGCCGCUCUUCGAGGCCAGUUUGGCACUGAGCGAUAUGAAACCAGUGCUUUCCAGAAAGCGGUUCACGAGAGGUUUGAGCAGCUCAUGAAGGAUUCAUCAGUAAACUGGAAGGUAAUUGAUGCUUCACAGAAUAUUGAAGGAGUUCACAAUGACAUCAGAACACACAUCCUUAAUAUUUUCAACGAAGCUCAGAACACGCCACUAGGGGAGCUGUGGCGGUGAGUCUGCACAGGUCAGGAAGAAACCAUAGCAACUAAAUGUCUUCUCUGCACAUAACUCUUUGCAUCACUUCGUUCUUGUCAACCUGACAGAUGUAAUGUAAGACCUUUUUUUCAAAACCAGGAAGAGAUAAACAGUUGUGAUUUAUUUUCAGUCCUCUUACAUGUCUGUUGUUCUGUCAUUUGCCUAUAUGUUGCUUUGAUUAAAUAAAUAAUUUUCAAACAAA